CCGCUAGUCAGAUCGCAGUUGUCACCAGUGGAUGUGCCAGUGUGUUUGUCCAGUUGCCUGAAGUGGUGUCAGGGGCCUAACGCCAUCUCCUACCAGGAGGCGGCGGAGCUGGUUGUGGGCUACCACUGCUCCCUCCGGCACAGCAUGGGCGGGCCGCAGUGCAGCAUUGUCACGGUAGUGGUGGGCAGCGUGGCGCGACCAAGCCCUGAGGCGGAGGCCAUGUCGGCUGGCCAGGUGGUGCUAGUGGUGGUGUUCAGCACCGCUAUGCCAGUGCUGGUGGUGGAAUUGGUGUUGGUGAUCGUGUGCAUGAAGCGGAAACGCGUACGUGACUGCCCGUGUCGGGAUGAGGAGGCGCGGCUUCAGAACGAGUAGAACAUGGUGCACAACGCUGUGGGCGCCGUCAACAGUGUGUGGACCACCACAUGAUCUUCUACUCCCUAAACUUCCCCAUCAAGAAACCCCUAAACACCAUGCCACCGACUCCUCCCCUUGAAACACCCACACCACACCCACCUCUACCACUAUCACCUCCACAACCACGACUACGAGAAUCCCGCGGAGAACGCAUACUCCACAGUGCCCAUGCGCAGCAGCAGUACUCAAUAAGGAUGUGUCGCGGGUCUCGGUUGCUGACCGCCUCGAAAAGGCCAUUGAGGCACCGCCCAACCCCCGCGUCACGCCCACCUCGGACUCCAGCGCCCCAUGCAAGGUGUUCCGGAAUUCCUUCCUGCCGCGCACAUACAGCCACAGGCUUGAAAUCAAGCGACCGCCGGCAGAGAGGAGCCUUCUCCUGGACUUUUGACGAGUACCUUGUUGAAGCACAGAACAUAGACAGCGUUGGAAAUUGGACUAGUACAGUUUGACCAGGGUCCAACAUUGCACCAGGAUGAAGUGAUACACGUGUGUAGAGGUGCCAGGAGGACGGACUCUUGGAACAAGCCUUCCGACAACAGUCAUCAGCCAUCAGCCAUCAGGCAAGCGUGGCGGAACCACUCUGUUGAUUUCCAGCAGCAAAACGUGCGGGAAACACACCACCGAGUAGCUUUCACACGGCUGACAGUGUCCACUCACUCUCUGGCGGUAGAAGUGGUCGGUGGAGGGGGGAGGGUAGGCGAGGACGCAGCCGCUUGCACCUGGAGGAACGUGUGUGUGUGUGUGUGUGUGUGUGUGUGUGUGUGUGUGU